AUGGAGGAGGAAGAGCUGGAAAAACAGAUUGAUUACUUUCACCCUAUACGCAUGAAUACAAUGGGCAUACCACAAGAGCAUGACCUUUUAAUGGCAUAUGAUGUAUAUCAACCCGCAUUAGAAACUCGUAAAUUGAGAUCAGAGCGGAAUCGUAGUUUAUACGCAGAGAUUUUCAUCGAGAACAUCAAGUUAGGACCAUUGAGAGACCUUUGUACACGCGUCUUAGCUUCAACAUUCACACCGGAGCAAAUGCCGUCCAUGGUCGAAGAUCCAUUGAAGCUACGUUUGUACUAUGAUGCACUGAGUUUGGAUCUACCAUUGGAUGAAUGUUACCACAUCACGGACGAGAAAUAUUGGCGUCGUUUUGUAUUGGCCAAGAAUAAGGACGGUACUUUAGCUUUUAAGAAGGAGCAUGAAUAUGACUGGCGUAGUCUUGGAUUGUCAAUGAAAUUUGUGGAGUUAGUUGAAGCCUGUCCAGCCGAAUAUUGGCCCGAUGAUGAAAUGCGACCCCUAGCUAUGAAAAUCAAAGAUUAUGUUAGUGAAAUGCAUAUACGAAAGCUGCAAUCGAUGUCGGAGCGUUACUUCAGAGAUCGUAUACAUUUAGACGAAUCUGAUGAAACAGAGAGCGAUUCCACGGAUGUUGAAUCGAUAACAGUAACGCCUAUCUCUACAGAGGCAUCACUGGACAAUAUGGGCGAAGAGGAAGAGGAAGAAUUGGAGGAGGGAAAAAAUGCACAUAGCGCAGUCAAACAUAAUACAGAUUUCUCCGAAUUAUAUUUGAACUCAGAAAGAGUACAGAAAGCAAAUCAAGAAACUGAUGAUGAAGAAGAAGAUGCAUGGAAACGCUUCCAUCAGGAUAUAUUGGAUGAACGCAAAGAAAGAACUCGUGUACUAAGAGAGGCGCAACAAGAACGACGCGCAGAGCGGGAGGAAAGACGACGAAUUCGAGAGGCGCUGAAG